AUGGGAAAAAAAGGCAAGAAGACGGCCGAGCACAAGGAGCGUGUGGCUGCCAAGCAGACAAAGAAGUCCGAUAAAAAGGAAAAGCGAUCGAAAGCCAAGGGCAAGGACGCAGACAGUGACGUCGAAGAUGCGGACCUGGAUGCCAUCUUGGCCCAGUACGCCGAAGAACAAGCCAAGUUCUUGAAGGUCACGGAAGUGACCUCGGAGCCCCCAGUUCCACGAUCGUCGGCCACUGUGCUGGCGUCUCCUUCCAAUCGAAAUGAACUGUUGCUCUAUGGCGGAGAGUACUUCGACGGAACGCAUGCGACUUUCUUCAACAAUCUCUUCGUCUACCUGAUUGACCGUGGUGAAUGGAGAGAGGUGACGAGUCCCAACAGCCCGCUUCCUCGAAGUGGACACGCUUGGUGUCGUGGAGGAAACACCGGAGGCAUCUAUAUGUUUGGAGGAGAGUUCUCUUCGCCAAAGCAGGGUACUUUCUACCACUACAAUGACUUCUGGCACUUAGACACCGCUACAAGAGAAUGGACUCGACUCGAGACCAAGGGCAAAGGACCACCCGCGCGCAGUGGUCACCGUAUGACCUACUACAAGAACUACAUCAUCCUGUUCGGUGGAUUCCAGGAUACUUCCCAGCAGACCAAGUAUCUGCAAGAUCUGUGGAUCUACGAUUGCAACCAGUACACCUGGUCCAACCCCACACCAUCUCUCUCUUCUCAGAAGCCUGACCCCCGCUCAUCAUUUUCAUUCCUACCCCAUGAGACUGGCGCUGUGAUUUACGGCGGUUACUCUCGAGUCAAAGCCAGCGCCGGUGGUGGCGGCAAGCAGGGCAAGGGUGGACCCCAAAAGAUGGCCCUGCGACCCAUGGUCCACCAGGAUACUUGGUUCUUGAGAAUCACGCCUCCAGCGCCCGAAGCUCCAUCUUCAGCUGGACCCGCAGUUCGAUGGGAGCGCCGAAAGAAGCCUGCCAACACACCCAAUCCCCCGCGAGUGGGCACGACUAUGGCAUACCACAAGGGUCGUGGUAUCAUGUUCGGUGGUGUCCAUGACGUGGAGUUGACCGAGGAAGGUAUCGAGAGCGAGUUCUUUGACACGCUAUUUGCGUGGAAUACCGACAGAAACAGAUUCUUCCCCUUGACUCUGCGACGCCCUCGCGCGCCUGGAAAGAAGCAGCAGGCAAACCAGAAUGCCAAGGGCAAGAAUAGAGGAAAGGCGGAUGAGGAGGAGCUUUUGGCUAACCUCAAGGCUUUGGAGGCCAAGGUUGGCAUUCGUGACGAUGACGAUGAUGAGGAAAUGCAGAGCACACCUCAGCCUGAGGAGCCGGCUGAGCCCGAGAAGCCCUCUGUCGUUCGCUUUGAGAUGCCUCACCGGCGUUUCAAUGCUCAGCUUGCGGUCCAAGAUGAUACACUUUUCAUCUUUGGUGGUACUUUUGAAAAGGGUGAUCGUGAGUUCACCUUUGAUGACAUGUACUCCAUCGAUCUUGUCAAGAUGGACGGCGUCAAAGAGAUCUUCUACCGCGAGCCCGAGAACUGGAACCUUCUCAAGGAGACUGAUGACAGCGACGAAGAAAUGGAUGACGAGGAUGACGAGGAGAUGGACGAGGAAGAGGACGAGGCUGAUGCAGAGGCUAUGUCUGUUGAUGCCGCUUCGCCAGCUCCUGCAGACACAACCGUGCCAUCUGUCACCAAGGAAAUGGAACAACUCGAGGUGGAGGAGUCAGAAGAGCAGAACGUCAAUGACAGUCGACCUCUUCCGCGACCAUUUGAAAGUCUGCGCGAGUUCUUUAGUCGCACAUCUGAAGACUGGCAGAACAUCAUGAUGGAUAUUGCUCGGGAAAGAGACAAUGCCACCGAGAAGACGGUCAAAGAACUUCGCAAGGCUGCAUUCUCCGUUGCCGAAGAGAGAUGGUGGGAUAGCCGUGAGGAGAUCAUGGCUCUGGAAGAUGAGCAGGAGGCUGCGGGUAUCGGUGAGGUCGUCAGUAUGGCUGACCGGACCGAGAACAUGGGAGGAGCUGGCCGCCGUCGUUGA